AUGGACCAACGUUGGGUGCCGGGGACACGGAGAGGGGAUGCCUCCUUCCGGAUCCCUGAUUGUGGAAAGCCGCUCGCGGCGAGGUCCCUGGCACAAACCCAGCGAGAUGUAAACAGCAGCGAAAAGGCCCCAACCCUGCCACCUCCGGAGCCCGAAGCCCGCGGCCACUCUGACACCCGCUGCGACCACUCAGCACCCGCUCCCCGCUCCCUCGCGAGACGGCAGUUCGAGGUCAAAGAAGGGAAUCUGGGGGGAAGAGCAAAGAGCGGGGGCUUCAUCACCCUUGGGGCCUCCCCUGUCCCAGGACGGGGUUCCGAAGUGGGACAGGACGAGGACAGCGUGAAGCGGAGGGAGUUUCGGAUGCGAGAGGAAACGGUUCCCCCCCGCGAGCUGCGAGUGGCUCCUCGGACGUCCACACUUAGUUUCCCCUCUCUGCUCAAGGCGCGGGGGCCCGUUGCGCAGGGUCAUUCCCGGCUCUCGUCCCCUGGGCCCCGCCCGGGUGCCCCCGCCCCUGUAGACCCCUUCCCCUCAGCCGCCUACCGGCCGCCACCCCCGGCCUCCGUAGACGCCGCCCGGCCACUACCCUCCCUUCGGCCAUCUCGGCCGCCCGCCCUGGCCCCCGUAGGCUCCGCCCGGCUGCCCGCUUCCUCGGUCGCCUCCCCCACCUCAACCUCCAGUCCCGGCCUCCAGGGACCGCCCGGCCGCCCCGCUCCCCUCGGCCGUCUCCCCCACCUCGACCUCCUAUCCCGGCCCCUAGGGACCCGCCCGGCCGCCCCACACCCCUCGGCGGCCUCCCGGACCUCGAUUUCCAGUCGGACCCCUAGGAACAGCCGCCCGGCCGCCCUCGUUUGCACUCCGCGGGUGCCCGCGAGCCCCGCCCCGGGCCCAGCCCUCCCUUCUUUGGGGUCUUGGCGGCAGGAAGGAGGGGCCGCCCGGCGACCCGGCGUGCGUGGCAAGCUCGCCCGGCUCGGCUCGCUUGGCCUCCCUUCCCGGGAGGCGGGGUCGGCGCCGCGGCGGCUUGCCCGCGUGCUGCUCUCCCAGCCCCGGGGGAACACGAGCAAGUUUCCCGGGCCGCGCGCCCCGCUCGCUCGCCAUCAGCACCAGCACAACCAGGCGCACGGGAAGGGCGGCCACCGCGGCGGCGGUGGCGGUGGCAAGUCCGCCGCCGCCGCCUCGUCCUCGGCGUCCUGCUCGCGCAGGCUCGGCAAGGCGCUCAACUUUCUCUUCUACCUCGCCCUGGUGGCGGCAGCCGCCUUCUCGGGCUGGUGUGUCCACCACGUCCUGGAGGAGGUCCAGCAGGUCCGGCUCAGCCACCAGGACUUCUCCCGGCAGCGGGAGGAGCUGGGCCAGGGCUUGCAAGGCGUCGAGCAGAAGGUACAGUCUCUGCAAGCCACAUUUGGGACUUUUGAGUCCAUCUUGAGAAGCUCUCAACAUAAGCAGGAUCUCACAGAAAAAGCUGUGAAGCAAGGGGAGAGCGAGAUCAACCGGAUCAGUGAAGUUCUACAGAAACUCCAGAAUGAGAUUCUCAAAGAUCUUUCAGAUGGAAUCCACGUGGUGAAGGAUGCCCGAGAGCGAGACUUCACGUCCCUCGAGAACACGGUGGAGGAGCGGCUGACGGAGCUCACCAAGUCCAUCAACGACAACAUUGCCAUCUUCACCGAAGUUCAGAAGAGGAGCCAAAAGGAAAUAAAUGAUGUGAAGGCGAAAGUUGCCUCUUUGGAAGAAUCCGAGGGGUACAAGCAGGACUUGAAAGCUAUGAAAGAAGUUGUGAAGGAAAUACAAACUUCUUUGAAGUCUAAAGAAAAGGACCUUGAGGCCCUGAGAAGCACCCUCCAGACCAUGGAGUCUGACGUGUACACAGAGGUCAAAGAGCUGGUGAGCCUCAAGCAGGAGCAGCAGAAGUUCAAGGAGGUGGCUGACAUGGAGCAUGUCACCUUGCAGACCCUCACGGAGAAGAUUCUCCAGUCUGAGGAGUCCAUUUCUCGCCUCCCAGGGGAGAUCAGGAGACUUGAGGAAGAGCUACACCAACUGAAAGCUGAUUCCAAUAGGCUGGAAGAAGAUGGAGUAUUCAGAAACUCUGACGCCUUUGAAGCGCUCCAGAGAACGAGUCAGGGAUUGGACUCUAGGCUCCAAAGUGUGGAAGAUGGAGUCCAAUCCAUGCAGUCAACUUCUGCACAGCAGACGGAGAGCCUGGAAUCCCUCCUGUCGAAGAGUGAGGAGUAUGAGCAGCGCCUGAGCGCCCUGCAGGAGCGCGUGGAAGGCCUGGGCUCCUCCUCGGAGGCAGACAAGGACGGUGUGGAUAGAACUGUGAGGAGCCUGGGGGAGGCCCAGCUUUCUCUCCAUGCUGAUGUGGAAGAGCUGAAGAGAAGUGUGGGUGAGCUCCCCAGCACCGUGGAGGCGCUCCAGAAGGUACAAGAGCAAGUCCACUCGCUGCUUAGUCAGGACCAAGCCCAGGCAGCCCAUGUGCCUCCUCAGGACUACCUGGACAAACUUUCUUCUCUAGACAACCUAAAAUCCUCAGUAAGCCAAGUGGAGUCGGACUUGAAAAUGCUCAGGACUGCUGUGGACAGUUUGGUCGCAUACUCGGUCAAAAUAGAAACCAACGAGAACAACUUGGAAUCAGCCAAGGCUUUGCUAGACGACCUGAGAAAUGAUCUGGAUAGGUUGUUUGUGAAAGUUGAAAAGAUUCACGAAAAGAUCUAAAUGAAUUGUGUGCGCAGGGCAUGGAUUUAAAGUCCAACUUCUCAUGACCAAAAAAUAUGUUGUUUUCUCCUGCCAUCUCUCACCACAACCCCACCGCACCCCCCUUUCUUGUCCCCUCUUAAAGAGCGGUAGACACCACCUGGAACACCAAGGCAUUACAUUUUUUGUGCCCAGUUAAUUUAUUUACAAUUAUUACCACACGCCAUUGGUUUCUUAAGUUUUCUGCUUCUGCUUUUAGUUGGGUUCCCAAAGGCCCAGCCCCUAUCACUGCACCACCAGGGCUCGUAUGAAGCAGUGGUGGUUUUCAAAAGGGAUGUCUCUAGAGUUAGAGAAAAAAGAUAUUGCUAUCAACUGAGGAUUAACAGAAGCAGAUUAACCUCAAAAAACCCUGCUUGAUGGCAGGACCAAGU